CCAUAUUAAACUGUGCAAAAAGCGUGCGUUUUAUUUUGAAGGCUUGUUGAGUUGUUAAAUUGUAAGAAGGUUUUUCAGAAGAUAGUGCGAUUAUAAAAACUCCAAGUAGGUUCAGUCAGUGUUAAUUUCCUGGGGUCACAUGUCUGUUAAACGACAGGGUGCUGCUUUUUCACUCCCACCAGCCUGGAGUUUAGACCUAGAUGCAGGUCGCGAGGGAGGAAAGGGAGCCAGUCCAGCACGAUGAAGAAGGUUGGACUCUUAGGGGUGUUGCUGUUACCCCAGGGAAAAUCAUCAUCAGGUUGUCAUCCUCACGUAAGUUUGGUAAGAGAGGAAGAAAAGUGCUUAAAAGAUCUUCUCAAGUCACACAAAGUUAUAGAUAACAUCAGUCUAAACUGCAAUGGUAUGUGGGAUGACUUGAACUGUUGGCCGCCUGCUUCUCUUGGAGAAACUGUCUCACAACCAUGCCCAGAUUUUUUUAAUUCAGCAGGUAAGGUGCAUCGUAACUGCACCACUGAUGGAUGGACAGACCUUCUUGUCCCUCAUGAGGAUGCUUGUGGCUACACUUUCAAUGAGUCGCUGCACUUUCUUGCAGAGCCCUCAGACUCUCAUUUGUACUUCUCCUACGUGAAAACCAUGUACACAGCUGGAUACACACUCUCCCUCAUCUCUCUCAGCAUCGCCAUCAUGGUUUUCUCCCUGUUCAGGAAGCUCCACUGUACCAGGAACCACAUCCACGUUCAGCUCUUUAUCUCCUUCAUCCUGAGAGCCAUCUUCAUCUUCAUCAGGGACACUCUACUAUUUACCAACGAGGAGCUCUAUCACUGUGACUACUACCCGGUGGCGUGUAAGAUUGUGCUGAUGUUUUCCAACUACUCCAUCCUUGCCAACUACAGUUGGCUGCUGGUGGAAGGUCACUUCCUGUUCACCCUGGUGAGCCUCUCCUUCUUCUCCCUGAAGAAACACCUCGCCUGGUACAUCCUCCUCAGCUGGGGUUUACCCCUCAUUGUAAUAAUCUCCUGGGGAUGUGCUAAGUACCUUUAUGAAGAUGAAGGGUGUUGGGAAACCAGGAGACAUGAAUGGAUUUGGUGGAUACUUCGAGUUCCAGUUCUUCUAACUAUAUGUGUGAAUAUCAUCUUUUUCCUGGGAAUUUUGAGGAUACUGGUCAGCAAACUCAGAAUGCCGGACGCACAAAGGAAUGAAUUCAGCCAGUAUAAAAGGCUGAUCAAGUCCACCUUUUUCCUGGUGGCUCUGUUCGGUCUGCACUACAUCCUUUUUGUUUUCCUGCCUGUGGAAGUCAGCAGUUCCGUGUUUAAGAUCUGGAUGUUUGUGGAGCUGGCUCUCUCGUCCACACAGGUACAUUUCUACAUUCAGAAAACAGAAAUGAUGUCAGAAAAACCAACACACCCCCACCCUUUGUCUCCUCCCACCUGGAAGGGCUUUGUGGUUGCUGUCCUCUACUGUUUCGUGAACGGAGAGGUGCAGCAGGAGUUUAGGAGGAGGUGGAGGAGAUGGAGGCUCGUCCAGCACCUCCCCAGUCGGCGCCAGGCGCAUCGCAGCUCCAUCAGUCACAGCGGCUCUCCCCACACCCAGGUGUCCCUGCUGCCCAGCUCUCCAGGCAGCCUGAUGACCAGAGCGCUCCCUCUGGACACUCUGGAGAUGUGACCCAGAGUCUGAUAGGAGUGUCUGAAUAAAAUAACACAUUUUGAUAUUCCAUCAAAUUAUGUAAUUUUUUUUCGUUGUAUUUCCGUGUAUUUCUACGUGUUUUACAUCAUUAGUAUCCUUUUGACUCCUUAGCUCCCCCCAGUGGACACUAGUAGGAUCUAACCGUAUUAAAUUAUUUUCUUGUUUAACUUUGAAAUUCAAAUAUUUAUUUUUCUUUCCUUAAAUGAACAAAAGGGUUUGUAAAUUAACAAAUAUUUUAAGUAAUAGUUGACUGUUAGUCUUGUAUUUUCAUGCAUUUAUUUACAUACAAUUGGUUUAUUGUUUUUAAACAAUUUAAUAUAAGAAAAUAAAAAAAAUUGUUUUUCACUUUUUAUGUUUUGGUUCUUUUAUUUUUUAUAAAAAGAUGGAAAAUUCUUAAGAUAUUUCUGGCGAAAAAGUGUGGCAAAUGCCUCAUUAUUCCAUGGUGCCAUGCUCAUUUAAAUUGGAUGUGUCCUGUCAGGAAUCUCUCACGUGUCUGAGCAGAACCUCCCUGAACCGUCUACAGGUGGUUCAGAACGCCUGUGCUCGGCUUCUGACCAAGUCCUCCAAACACACCCACAUCACCCCGCUUCUCCUCCAGCUUCACUGGCUGCCAGUCACCUUCAGGGUUCAUUUCAAGAUCCUGGUUCUGGUCUACAGGGCCUUACAUGGACAAGCACCAUCUUACAUUGGUGAUCUUCUCAGUCCCUGCAGGCGCAUCACUAAAUGAAACCAGUCAGCAGUGUUCACGCACUAAAACAUGCAGGAAAUGUGCUGGAAGCAGACUGCAGAACCAGGAAUUUCAGCUAAAUGUUUUCUAAGUCCAACAGGAGGCAAACUGCCAACUCUAAAGUUGCAAGUGCGAUUUUCUGGCCACAGAGAGCAGUAGGAGUCUGAGUUACGUUUCAUUAACCUUGUAGAGGACCGUUUUAAACAUACUUGCUCAAGAAAAGUAUGUAAUAAUAGGAAAAGUUGCAUAGUCUGCCUUUAAUAUGUGCUCAGCACCCUGAUGUCUUCCAUAACUGAGCCACUGUGGGCGACGGUGGCACGGGAGUUAAGUGCUCACCCCGUAAUCGGAAGGUUGCAGGUUCGAGCCCCGUUCAGUCUGUCGCUGUGUCCUUGGGCAAGGCACUUAACCCACGUUGCCUGCUGGUGGUGGUCGGAGGGACCGGUGGCGCCAGUGCUCGGCAGCCUCGCCUCUGUCAGUGCACCCCAGGGCAGCUGUGGCUACAUCGUAGCUCAUCCCCACCAGUGUGUGAAUGACUGGUUGUGUUGUAAAGCGCCUUGGGGGGUUCCAGGACUCUAGAAGGCACCAUAUCAAAUACAGGCCAUUUACCAUAACUGCUCCAAGAGGAUUCAGUGUUCAGAUCUAUUUUUCCAGUGUACAUUUGCAUGAGCAGAUGCAGAAACUGUGCAAAGAACAUAAAACGGACCGUGUCUGACCCAUGCGCUCUACACCAUCUGUCCUCCAGACAGAAGACUGCAUAUCCUCAAAGGCCAGAU